AUGACAGUACUACCGAUCACCUAUGCCAAAGCCCUCACUGCGUCCGCUGAUGACCGAAAGAACACAGCCCCGGUGGAAGAUCAAGAUGGCACUCUCCGCAGCCUUGUAGCAGACGUCGGCAUGACAGAGGAUGCUGCUCCAUCGAGCAUACAAUCUACGGCGACAACAUCAGAUGUGAGCGAACUCCCACCAAGCACACCGACAGUACACGAAGCAGUUCCAGCCACUACGGAUGCUGUUCCGUCUGGAACGCACUCUGUGACGACAACAUCAGUUUCGACCGAACUCCCGCCAAGGCCAGAAGACGCAGCGCUUCCUGGCGGCCCGGAAGCGGGCCGAGUGCCGGAAGGAAGAGCGAGCCGCGGCGUGGCUGCAGCUCCUGGGCCGGCCGCGCCGCGCCGCGCCGCGACGCCCCUCCAGCCCGCCGCCCACCGCCGCCGGCGCGAGGCGCGCAGGCGUCGCCCCGCCCACCGGCACCGCCCACCGCGGCCGCCGCCCCGCUCACCUGUGGGCCGCGCCGACCGCCCACGCAUCUACCUGCUGCUGCUGCUCAGCGUACUGUGGCCUGUGGGGAACAGAAGGGUUGUGCCGGGCGGGAUAAUAUUCGCAGCUGGUGGCAGAAGGAGGCGUGCAGAGCGGGUGCCGGCCGGCCUUUGUGGCGGCGGCUAUCGCUGUCGCUGGCGGGGCCCCGCGGGCGGCCCGCACAAAGCCCGCGGCCGCCCACGGCGCCGCACCGCCUCUCAUUACCGCUCUGAUUUAGCCCGCCGCUCCCUGGCUGGCGCCCGCCAGCCGAGUGCAACCGACCCCAGCCCGCGACUCGCGCGUGAGAAAGCAGAGACCGGCGCUGGAUGCUGGGUGAACUCCCACUGGGCGACGCCGCCCGCAGCGCCGGCUGCCUGCUCGCUGGGGGUCCCUCUCGCUGACGGCUCGCCGCUGACUGCUGACGUGGGCUCCAGGGCUCACGUCACCAACGGUCCGCAGAUCGAUAACAAAGCUCCGCGCAUUACGCCGGCAACGCUGCCCGCGAACGGACGUGUUGGCUUCUAA